UGCCCUCCUCCGCAAUAAUGGCCUCCAAAUUCCUGCGGGAAUACAAGCUGGUCGUCGUCGGCGGUGGUGGUGUGGGAAAGUCCUGCAUAACCAUCCAGCUCAUCCAGUCUCACUUCGUCGACGAGUACGAUCCCACCAUCGAAGACUCUUAUCGCAAGCAAUGCGUCAUCGACGAUGAGGUCGCCUUAUUAGACGUGCUCGACACCGCCGGCCAGGAAGAAUACUCGGCCAUGCGCGAACAGUACAUGCGCACAGGAGAGGGCUUUCUGUUGGUCUACAGCAUAACAUCACGGCAAAGCUUUGAGGAGAUCGUCACAUUCCAGCAGCAAAUAUUGAGAGUCAAGGACAAGGACUACUUUCCCAUAAUCGUCGUGGGUAACAAAUGCGAUCUGGAGCACGAGCGACAAGUGAGCACAGAAGAGGGCAGACAGCUCGCUCGAUCAUUCGGCUGCAAAUUCAUCGAGACCUCGGCCAAGUCCCGCAUCAAUGUCGACAACGCCUUCUACGACAUCGUGCGCGAAAUCAGGAAAUAUAACAAGGACAUGUCAGGAUAUCCUGGUGGCGGAAGCUCGGGCAGCAGACCCAAGGACGAGAUGGGCAUUGAAGGUGAAGAGCAGGACGCGGGUUGCUGUGCGAAGUGUACAGUAAUGUAAGUACGGCACCGCGAACCGGACCACGAAACGCAAUAGCAAGCGCCGCGACGACCGUUUCAUUGGUGAGAACAGAAGGCGUGGAGGCGAGAGGCCAGAGGCGGAGGCGGAAGGAGUCAAAAGAUGCGCUUGUCGCCACCACUAGUACCAUUGCAUUGGGUACAUUCGCAUGGCGACUCCAGAACGAAAGCGAGGGCAAGUCAUGGCCACUACAGAGGCAGGCAGGAAGUGGCCGCACCUACAUCAUCAACAACAACGACAAAGAGGGGCGAAAACUUUUCUUUCGCGCUACCAGGCAAGAAGAGCGGAAGGAGAUAAGGUAUCCGCUAACUACAAAAACUCUUAUGCAUUUAUUUAUAUCCCUUAACACAUGCAUGAGAUUUUCGAGACACGGAGAGAGAGGAAGAAAAAUUGAAAGAGAGAUGAGAAAGAACAAAUACACGACCUCAUCCUCCUUC